UCUCUCUCUCUCUCUCUCUCUCUCUCUCUCUCUCUCUCUGCAGUGGAGAAGACGUGUCAAACAUCGCUCCGCAAAAGUAAUAACUUUUAAACGGUUAAAUAGUUACGGGGAGUGAUAGAAAGUUAUUCAAGUCAUAGCGGCAUAGACCGGCAUUAGCCAUGAGUGUUAUCUAGCCGGGAUAUGCUGAUUUGUGGGCGUGAGAAGUGCAUUUCCUGUCUGGGACACCAAAGUCUCACACGACAGGUAGACAUUAAAGGUGGACACAAAAGUGCUGACGUGUGACAGUGGAACAGAGGUGACUGAUCGCUUACGCUGAUAUUAGCGGUUUCGGCCGAUAAUUAUCGGCAUGGACGAUGAAUAUGCUGAAUAUCGAUGCUCGGCAUGUAAAAAGACAAUAAAAAAUCAGGUGGUGACAUGCAAGUCUUGCUAUCAGGUGAAUUGUAUUAAGCUGUUUUACCAUCCAGGAUGUGUAAGCAAGCAUAGGAUUUACGAUAAAAAUCAAGAAUUGGUACCGUGUUCUGGCCCAUUUGACAGAUUUACAAUUGAAAGUGAAGCAGAUAUGAAGAAGGCAUCGGCAGUGGCCGGGGGCGGCAGGGACAGGCUAGGAUCUACAGGAUCUAUAGGUUCGUUUACGACGCCAAGUAGUGGAAAUAGAUUAUCAGGAGCGAGUGGAUCAUCGACUAUUGACGUAAAAAUAGAUUGGCUUAUAAAAAUAGUGAAGGAAAUAAAAGAUGAAACAGCAUGUAAGAAGGAAAUUAAAAUGAUGGUCAAGGAAAUAGUUCGAGAAGAAUUGGGAAAUGUUAAGCAGGAACUGCUAGAAGAGUUGAAAAGAAUGAUACAGGGAGAAGUAUGUGGAGAGAAAAAGAAAGAGAAUGUUAUAAUUAUCAAACCCAAGAUUCAACAAGAGAGUGAAGUUACAAAAAAAUUGAUAAAAGAAAAGGUAGAUAUCAAAAACAUGGCGAUGGGAAUAACGAAGCUAAAAAAAGGAAGCAAGGGGACAGUGAUCAUGGGUUGUGAAACUGGAGAAGAAAUGAAAACGUUGAAAGCUACAGUGCAGGACAAACUAGGAGAAAAUUUCAAAGUUACGGAAUCACCGCAGAUGAAGCCAAAAAUAAAAAUUAUCAAUGUCAGCGAAGAAGAAAUGAGAUUGGAUGAUGAUGACUUAAUAACUACAAUCAAGAAGCAGAAUAGAAUUGAUGCAAUAAAUGAUGGAUUCCAAAUGCGAAUAGUGAAGAAAAUAGUUAAAGAAAAAAGAAAUGAUAAUAAUCAACUUAGAAGAAGAGAAAAAGAAGAAGGUUCGAUAAUAAUUGAAGUAGAUGAAGAAACGCAUGAAUUGAUGUUGAAAAAGGAGAAACUAAAUGUAGGAUGGAGAAAAUGUCCUAUAUUCAAUCACAUUAAUGUUAAAAGAUGCUUUAAAUGCUGGGGAUACUAUCAUAUUGCAAAAAAUUGUACGCGAGAUGAAACAUGCCACAAAUGUGCGGGAAAUCAUAAAGCGAUUGAAUGUACGGCAACAAAGAAAAAAUGUGUAAAUUGUAUGUUUAAAAUUCGAACAUACAACCUGAAGAUAAGUGAUGAACACGACGCCCUUAGCCCAGAAUGUCCAACAUUUAAAAGGGCGAUACAAGAGGAGAAGAGGAGAGCCGGCUGGGAAGAUGCGAAAUAGCAACUACAGAAGGAAGCGGAAAUAAUAUUGUAUACAAACGCGCAAAGUUUGAUGGCGCAUAAAGAUGAGAUACAACAUCAGAUUAUGAAGAAAAUAAAUCCGGCAUUCAUAGCGUUAUCAGAGACAAGAUUGACUGCUGAAAUUGAAGACAGUGAAGUGAACGUACCAGGUUAUAGCAUAAUUAUAUGCGAUGCUGAAAAUAGAAAUACAGGAGGGGUUGUUUUAUAUAUAAGGGAUGAUGUUAAAUAUGAAAUAGUAUUAGUAAAAAAAAUUAGAAUCGAAUUGUUGGUGUGCUGCGAUUGAGGUGAAAGAAAAAUUGUAUAGAGGAAUAAUAAUGGUAAUAUAUCAUUCACCGAGUGCAUCGCAUGGUGAUUUCGUGAGAUUUCUGGAGGAUAUAAUAGAAGAGUUAAUAAUACGGGGAGAAUGUAUGAUAAUAGGAGACUUUAAUAUAGAUAUUAUGUUAGAUUCGUUUUAUACAAGGAAGUUACAAACGACAAUGUUGAGCUUAGGCAUGAAACAAUAUGUAAA